AUGCCUAGUUCACACUACAAGAUUUUAAGCCCGAUUAGCAAGUUAACGAGCUCGCUGACAGGUCGGGCUGUCAUCGGGGGAAAAUCGGUGUGUCGUACAUCAAUGCGCUAUCUUGCUCUGAUGAUGUCCAGGCCUGUGCUCAAACUGAAGGAGAUCAAUCCUCUUCUCUUCAACUUUGUGGAGGAGCUAGUGGAGAUCAGAAAAUUACGUCAGGAUAUAUUGCUAAUGAAGCCAUAUUUCAUCACCUGUAAGGAAGCCAUGGAGGCCCGACUCCUGCUGCAUCUUCAAGAUCGGCAGCACUUUGUGGAGAAUGACGAAAUGUACAGCCUACAGGAUCUGAUUGACACCUCCAGUGGGCAUCUCAGCUGUUCCCUCACUGAAAUUCACACAACUUUUGCCAAACAUAUUAAACUGGACUGUGAGAAAUGCCAGGCCAAAGGCUUCAUGUGUGAAUUGUGUAAAGAGGGUGACAUUCUCUUCCCAUUCGACAGCCACACCUCUGUCUGUCAUGACUGCUUCGCUGUUUUCCACAGGGAUUGUUACUAUGAUAACUCGACCACAUGUCCGCGCUGUGCAAGAAUGCUGGAACGGCAACAUGAAGAGUCUCAGAACCCGUAGAUCAGCCUGACAGAUGGAUGCGUCACAAACACUGUCAAAGAUCUUCAGAGUCAGAACUUUGGUAUGUGUGUCUUGUCUCAUCUUCUGUAUAUUUGAUCUUGAGGUUUUAACCAUGCUCUUGUCAGCUUCUGAAUUGACAUUAAUGAAGUGUGAUCAGCAUAGCAGGAAAACCACAUUUUGAAAUCAGUUUCCAUCUGUUUUCCCAUAAAUAUAAAUAUUCUUGUUACUGUUACAUGUCUUAUGUCCAAAUAGAAACCAUCCAUGUCAAACUUUAACAAUGGCAUGUUCCUCUUGAGACUGUGACUGUGAGAUCAGUUUGAUUUCUUUCUGCAUGUAAUCCUGGGUAGCAUGCUUUUUAGGCACCAGGAAAAGAUACUACAAGGCAACACUAUGUUCUACUUUAUAGUUACAUCCCCAUAAUGCACUGUGGCUUAAAAAAUGUUGUAGAUAAUUUUCUAGGACAUAUGUUGUGCAACUAUAUCUGGUUUAUGAAUAUCUCAGAAUGGAUUCUUCUGUAAUGCAAUUACCUGGUGUAAAAUUGCUGUAAUAACUGUGCAAGAGAACAUAUAAAGUGUUAUGAAGUCCAAUAUCAAUGUCUCUUUACACAAAGCAUGAAUAAAACCAAAAAUGGAACAUGCUCAGCUGUCUUCCACUGUAGGAGAUGAGCCACGCAGACACCAAUGGUUGAAUCAACAGAUGACUUGAUCAGAAUCAUUUGAUAAGAAUUGCAGAGCCAAAUUACAAAGCAACACUUUACGACCCCAAUCCAGGUCAUGUGACACCAUCUGGACUGAGAAUGACAAACUUCCCCCACAAUUUAAUUAACCUCAAACAAAGAAACCCUUUCAACUCAAGGAAUAACUGGUCAAAUUUAUGUUGUUUCAAACCAAGAACAAAUGGUCAAAAGCACAGCGUGACUCAAAGAAAUUCAUGAGCUAAACACCUGGUGAUUCUUCCCCACUCAAGACAAAGAGAUAACACAGACCUUGCCUUAAAGCACCAAAUCCUCUCUAAACCCAGAAACUCUCACUAAAUAUUAAAAUGCAUCAGAUCAUCCUCAAAACGAUGAUAAAGGGCUUAUAAUCAAAUGUCAUUUCAUUGCAUAACUCAAUAUCAUGUCUGAAACACAUAUAUGUGAACA